UCGCGUAGGUUUCCUUGUGAGCCCGCUCUGUUCUGGCGGAUUCUCGCAUCCGGGUUGAAGCUGGCGCGUUUCCUGUGGCGGCGAUCGGGAAUAAUAAGGACCGGGGUUGGCAGAAAGUGGCCUCUUUCGCGCCGGGCCUUGAAGGAGAUAUUCCUGUGACAACAGAUCCUGGAGAGAAAAAUGAUGACUUAAAAUGAGAAGGAGGGGGAAGAAGAUGGGCCACUGUGAGAGACAGCUUCAGAAGAGCAACCCAAACUCAGCUGUUUUUUGUUGCUGUUCAGAAAGGAAUUCUACUACAGAAGGGUUUUGGCAUCGGUGAUGAGAAAUGGGGUAUGAUGUAGCACGCUUUCAAGGGGAUGUUGAUGAAGACCUUAUAUGCCCCAUUUGUAGUGGGGUCCUGGAGGAGCCUGUGCAGGCUCCUCAUUGCGAACAUGCCUUCUGCAAUGCCUGCAUUACCCAGUGGUUCUCCCAACAGCAGACGUGUCCCGUGGACCGCAGCGUUGUGACGGUGGCUCACCUACGCCCUGUUCCCCGGAUCAUGCGUAAUAUGCUAUCUAAGCUUCAGAUUACUUGCGACAACGCUGUUUUUGGGUGCACUGCCGUUGUGCGCCUCGACAACCUGAUGUCUCACCUCAAUGACUGUGAACACAAUCCAAAGCGGCCUGUGACUUGUGAACAGGGAUGUGGCUUGGAAAUGCCCAAAGAUGAGUUGCCGAAUCAUAACUGCAUCAAACACUUAAGGUCAGUGGUUCAGCUACAGACCAGAAUAGCUGAGCUGGAAAAGACUUCAGCAGAGCAUAAGCACCAGCUAGCAGAACAGAAGCGUGACAUUCAGUUAUUGAAGGCAUAUAUGCGAGCAAUACGUAGCGUCAACCCCAACCUACAGAAUCUGGAGGAGACAAUUGAAUACAAUGAAAUCCUAGAGUGGGUGAAUUCCUUGCAACCUGCCCGUGUGACACGGUGGGGUGGCAUGAUCUCCACGCCCGAUGCAGUACUCCAGUCCGUAAUCAGGCGGUCAUUGGUGGAGAGUGGCUGCCCCACAUCAAUCAUCAAUGAGCUGAUUGAAAACGCCCAUGAACGGAACUGGCCCCAGGGACUGGCCACCCUAGAAACUCGUCAGAUGAACCGCCGCUAUUAUGAAAACUAUGUGGCCAAACGCAUCCCAGGCAAGCAGGCUGUGGUGGUGAUGGCCUGUGAGAAUCAGCACAUGGGUGAGGAGAUGGUGCUGGAGCCAGGCCUGGUGAUGAUAUUUGCACACGGAGUGGAGGAAAUCUAAAAGACUUAACAGAGCUGAUAAAACAACAUGCUUGAAAGGGAAAAAAUGUACCAUGUCCAAGCCCACUGAUUUUGCCCCUGCUGUGCUGAACCAGGGCAUUAUUCUUCUCUAUGUUGAUUUAAAGCAUCACUUCUAAUCAUGCCGGGCAGGUGCCCCAGCAAUGUAUGCAAAAUGCCAUGCUGCAGUCCCUCCACUUUGUGACAACUUACCUUGGUUGAUGUCGGUUUCCAAAUAUUUACGUAAAAGCACAAGAAACCUUCUUGUGCUCUAGAAACAGCAGCGGUCUGCUGCGAGAAGCCUUUGACCUCUUGAGAUGAUUCCAUUGGCCGGGGGGGGGGGGCGUGCUUAUUGUUCCAGUGUUGGGGUGUGACAGGUUUCUGGAUCUUGACUUAAAACGUUUUUCAAAACUGAACGUUUAUUCUGAAGACGCCUCCCCCACUCUGGCAGUAUGGUUUCCCUUGUCAUUCUUUAGGACAUUUCUGUGCAGGCCACACAACUCUUCCGUAAUUUCCUACAGUACCACAGUACCUUCAAGGGUUUGGGGGGAGAAAACAAACACGAGAAGGCAAAUUCCAAACUGGGGAUGCAAGAGAUGCCAAAUAAAAUACACAUACUAGUAGUGAUCUUUUUGGCAUUAAAUAUAUAUAUAUAUAUCUUGGAGCCAAAAAUUAGACCCAUUGGGAAGGCGAUUGGCACACCUCAUCUGGGACUUGUGGCCUUAGGAUGCACAAGAGGUGGCUUGCGCUCUUCCAGUGGGGAAUGUUAUUCUUUAGCAAUGUGCCGCUGCUGCCACGGGAAAAACUGAAUUUGUUAUUGCAGAGCCCGGCGGUUCUCUCUCCUCCUUGUGCUCUCGAAGCACUGCUGAUGUCAGGUGCUCUGCUGGCUUCAGCUCUCUCUUGUAAGAUGCGGGCCUCUGAAUAGCCCCUUUGCUUAGCCUGCCCAGAAACAGGCUCCUUUGAGUUUGCGUGUGCCACAUAAGGCAGCCUCAGCCAUGCUAAAAAAAAAGGAAGCAGAAGAAAAUUAACCUUGGAUGAAAUUGUCUUGUCAUUGUAUGUUG